AUGGCGAAGAAUAACCGCGCUGCCAUCACGGAGCGCGAGUACGAACAACUGCCGCCCGCACUCCAACGAAAGUACUUUUCCAGCUUGGAGCGCCUGCGUUUAGCUCACGAUGGCUCUGUGUCUCCUCAAAGUCUUCCCAAGCACCGUCGACACUCUCGGACACGCUCGACCUUUGCGAAGACCAAGUCUCUCUUCGAAACAUUUGACGGCAUCCCUUCGAUCCCUUACAUCCACCCCAGUCUAAGGCCUGCCACGAGCCAUAGAAGAACGAUACACACCGCUGAUACCCUGGUCAACUCUGACACAGCAGCGUGGUUCGCUUCGCUGCCCUUGACCGUACAGAGGAAGCAUUUUACAAAAGAAGAGCAAGUGCUCUUCGCCAACGAGAAUCAUCACAUCAUCCUUGACGCAGCGGACGAGCUACUGCAGAGGCAACGCCUACCGCCAGAUUCAGAUCUGCUUUGGCUGCCGCACCCAGAAACCUCUCAAACUCCUGAGGAGUACUCGCCACGAUCGUCCUUCGACAUUGAACACGGUGAUAGCAGGAGCAUGAGUUCACAACAGUAUCUGGAUAGCCUUAGUCGGCUCGACAACGACAGCGAGCUCGAUCUGCGACUAGACGACUAUCAUGCAGCCAUCGCGCAGACCGCACAACGACAACAAGCCGCGCCACUGCCACUAAAGCAUUCAUAUCGACGCAACAUGUCCCUGAGCACAGUGUCGUUGCGCCGCACAUCGAUCUCUACACCUCCAAGAUCAGCAAGCAGAGUGCCGUCAUUGUACUUCAACCGGCUACAGACGCCCACCACUCCGCAGCGACCUUCGUUCCAUCAUGGCCCGACCUCGUCGGUAUCCACUGUCGACCCUCGUGCUACUCACUAUCAAGACCCUGCUGCACGUAUGAAGCUCAGAGUAUACCUCGCUAGCCCAUCAAAGUUCGAUGAGGCAAUCGAGUUUGGCUUUCCGUCAAUGGCCGAUAAGCAGUCCAGGACGUCCGAUCGGCCCAAAACAAGCCCAAGAGCUCCUACAGACUCUGCCCGAAUGUUCGCCAACGACGACGUGCCUUCUCUUGUCGGCGACGACGGGUCAUCUCACAGCGAGGUCGACGCUUUGUCAGAUCCCCGGACACCAAAUGAAUCAGAAUUUCGGGGAGUUCGUUCUAAGAAGAGCAGCGUUGACCGGGCGUCCCUGAAGCCACAAGUUGUGCGAUCUGAUCAGUACGCGCAAUCGACAGCGCUAGAUCGUGAGAUGACCAUCCACAUGACUCUUACACGGCCAGACUUGCGCUCGCCUACAGCUGAGACUCGGCCCUCUUCCCGACAUAUCAAUUCUCAGCCUCUAGAGCAGGCACCACUAAUGCCUGCGAACAAUGGUCAGAAUUUCUGGGACACUCUGCCAGCGCCCUCGGAAUCGAGAGUGAAAAAGUUAUGGAGGAAGUUCUUCUGA